AGUGACAUGAUGCUGCCAUUGCUGGCCAUUUCGGCCUUUGUCUCCCUCGGUGCCGCGCAGACCUAUACCAGCUGCAAUCCUACCAACACAACUUGUGACCCUGACACAGGCCUGCAGAACUGGAGCCUGUCCACCGAUUUCACCCAGGGCAGCUCCGAUGAAUGGACAGCCAUCUCAGGCAAUGUGACCUACGGCAGCAACGGAGCCGAAUUCACCAUCAACAAGCGGUACGAUGCGCCUACGCUUGAGACCAACUUUUACAUUUUCUUCGGCGAGGUGGAGGUCGUCAUGAGAGCGGCCAAUGGUACCGGCAUCGUCAGCUCGAUUGUCAUGGAGUCGGAUGACCUAGAUGAGAUCGACUGGGAAUGCACUGGAACGGACACCACCCAGAUCGAAACCAACUACUUUGGCAAAGGCAACACGACCACCUACGAUCGCGCCAUCUGGGAGACCGUCAGCACCCCGCAGGACGAAUUCCACACGUACAAAGUCGUCUGGACCGCUGCGGCCAUCACCUGGUACAUUGACGGGACCGCCGUGCGCACACUCGAGUAUGCCGAUGCCGUCGACGGGAAGAACUACCCGCAAACACCCAUGGUCGUGAAGCUGGGCAUCUGGGCCGGAGGCGAUUCGUCUAACAGCGAGGGAACGAUCGAGUGGGCCGGUGGCGAGACCGACUACGACGAUGUCCCAUUCACCAUGUACGUCAAGUCGGUCAACAUCAUCAACUAUAACCCUGCUGCGUCGUACAACUACAGCGACAAGACGGGCUCGUAUACCAGCAUCGUGGCCUCGAACUCGACCAGCGGUAGUGGUAUCCAUAGCUCGAACUCGACCUCGAGCAGUGGGGUUGUGAGCUCGUCCUCUUCGUCUGCUUCCUCUUCUUCCUCGGCUGCUGCUGCAUCCAGCUCGGCUAGUGCGUCGGCCGUGUUCACCGGUGCUGCUGCGACCAAUUUGCCCUCGUUCUUUUUCACUGUUUUCUUCGCACUGGCUAUCGCACCUGCUUUCUAAGCCAGGCGCCUGUACUAGACUUUCUCAAUCUCAAUAGAUAAUAGCAUAACUGUAUACAGUAUCUGUAUCUACAUUUCGAUCCCCCCCGCAAGAACAUCCACCACCUUUUCCUGAAAAUCCACCG